AACUGUUUUUGGUCAAAAUUAUCUCUUCUAAUUUAUUAUGUUUUAGAUAGCAGCCACAUCAUGUAGAAGUAUCUUCAUUUACAGGUUUUGUGUAAAAUACAGUCGUUUAUCUUAUUUGUCACACUAUCAUUUACCAGCAGGAGCUGUCAAUGCAGUUUCCUAGUAAAGUCAGUUCUGCGUAUUUGCCGUCUCUUAAAGGCAGCCUUUGUUUUUAUUCCUCAUGCACGUGCGCAAUGAACCAUUCACACAGAAGACGGACGUUUAUGAAGCUCAUGACGAUUGACAUUUCGUUAUUUUAUCCAGUUAAAAAUAAUAGGCUGACCUUUGGGUUAUUCAAUUGAGAUUUAAACGAAAUGGCAACUUUCAUUUAUCACUUGAUGAGUGUUUUUCAAAUAACCAAUUAGAAAUGAGCUACAUGGGUGAAAUCACUAUCAUAUGUGAGCACCACCCUCCUGAGGUGACAGUAGAAGCUGUAGGACUGUAAUAUAAAGGAUUUACAGGACAAUUUGGAGAUCGGCGCAGCCAAACAAAAUCCACGGACGCUUUGGAAGACUUCUCACAUGUUUUGGUUGAUUGUAAGAGUCAGUCGUCAGUUUGAGGGAUAAUUAUAGACUUUGACUGGAUGCAGAACGCGGUUCUCCAAUGACCUGUCACUCAUCCGACUCCACGGAAAGCAUCGAGAAUGAAAGGAGAUCGCAAACUGAAACACAAGUCACGGAGUCCGAACAGAGUCGCAUUGCCACUGCCAUGAGAGACCUUAAAAACACCGGCUGGUAUUGGGGCAGCCUGACAGCCAAUGAAGCCAAGGAGAUCCUGCAGGACACGUCGGAGGGCACGUUUCUGGUCCGGGACAGCUCUCAGAGGGACUACCUCUUCACCAUCUCCGCCAUGACAUCUGCGGGACCAACCAAUCUGCGUAUCGAAUACAAGGAUGGCAAGUUCAAGCUGGACUCCGUGGUGCUGGUCAAGCCCAAACUCAAGCAGUUCGACAGCGUCGUCCAUCUUGUGGAGCACUACGUGCAGCUGUCCCGGACGUCUUGUAAGGGCAGGACUACCCCUCUCGCCCCGUCCAACGGCUCUGUGCAGCUGCUGCUCACGACUCCGGUGUACACAGCCACACCGUCUCUGCAGCACCUGUGUCGUAUUGCCAUCAAUAAAACCACACGGCGUGUACAAGAACUUCCUUUGCCUAACCGGCUGAAGGAUUACCUGACAGACUACACCUAUAAUGUAUAGAACAGCGUGGACUACAAUGACCAUAAGUGCUGAGGUUCUAUGGAUCAUAGACCCAGUGAUAAUGGGGUGCUAAUGUCCCGUUUAGGAUCAUUUGCCUGGGAUCCUUCUCCUUGUGCCCAAGGACUACUUUAAAGGGAUAGUUCACCCAAAAAUCUGUCAUUGAUUACUCACCCACAUGUUGUUCCAAACCUCUUUGACUUGUGGAACACAAAAGAAGAUAUUCUGUCUUUGUCCAUAUAACGAAAGUCGGUCAGAUCCACGCCCAUUGACUUUCAUUGUUUCAACAUAGACAUUUUUCAUAAUAUCUCCCAUGUUCUGCAGAAGAAAGAAAGUCUUACAGGUUUGGAAUGUCACGAGG